AUGGAGAAAUAUGAAAAACUGGGCAAAAUCGGGGAGGGCUCCUACGGUGUGGUGUUCAAGUGCAAACACAGAGACACGGGCCAAUUAGUCGCCAUCAAGAAGUUUGUGGAGUCCGAGGACGACCCGGUCAUCAAGAAGAUCGCGCUGCGAGAAAUACGUAUGCUGAAGCAGCUGAAACAUGUGAACUUGGUCAACCUGCUGGAGGUGUUCAGGAGGAAAAGACGCCUCCACCUGGUGUUUGAGUUCUGUGAGCAAACGGUCCUCAACGAGCUGGACAAACACCCCCGAGGGGUACCUGAAGCUCAGCUGAAAAGUAUCGUGUGGCAAACUCUGCAGGCCGUGAACUUCUGCCACAAGCACAACUGCAUCCACCGGGACGUGAAGCCGGAGAACAUCCUCCUCACCAAAACCGGAGUCAUCAAGCUCUGUGACUUCGGCUUCGCCCGCAUCCUGAGACCCGAGGACGAUUACACUGACUACGUGGCGACCCGCUGGUACCGGGCCCCCGAGCUGCUGGUCGGGGACACUCAGUACGGGCCCCCCGUGGACGUGUGGGCUCUGGGCUGCGUCUUCGCCGAGCUGCUCAGCGGGAAUCCACUCUGGCCGGGGAAGUCUGACGUGGACCAGCUCUACCUCAUCCGGAGAUCUCUCGGUGACCUGAUCCCUCAUCACCAGCAGGUCUUCCGCUCAAAUGUUUUUUUCAGCGGCGUCAGUAUCCCCGAACCCGACACGAUGGAGCCCCUGGAGAAGCGUUUUCAGGGCGUGUCGCCUCACGCCCUCCAGGUUAUGAAGGCGUGCCUGGUGAUGGACCCGUCUCUGCGGCUGUCCUGUGCAGAGCUGCUGACGCUGCCGUACUUCCAGGACGAGUCGGGGGCCGGCUGGGGUCGUGAAGCCGAGCGCCCAGGGAGACGGCACGACAGAGGCUCCCGGCGCAGACAGGCGGGGGCUCAAUACCUGCCUCAGUUACCACACAGUAACGUCUCACCAGCACCAGAUGUCAAGAAACAAGUGAAGCAUAAAUGUCACCUGCCCAACAUUUGAAAAACCACCAAUCCCAUCUCCGACAGUGGGACUUGUGAAGUCAGUUUAAUACAGUGAAUACAUUGAAGAAACAUGUAGACGUCUUCUGUCGUUUGAAAAGUAUUUACAUUUGUUUAUCGAUAAGUCGACCGUGUUCUUUACACGCCGGACAUUAAUGAACUGAUGCCGGUAACGCAGGUACUGUGAUAUAACCAAAGAGUGCUCAGUCCAGUCAGCGCUGAAGGAAACGUGCACCAAACCACCUCCGUGAGCUGGUAUCAGUCACCAGUGUGCCAUCAUCUGUCAGAGCAGUUUUAUUAACAUCCCAUGCAACGUCAUUGUCAAACAGGUUCACACACCAGGAUAAAGGUAUAAUACCUCUUUUUGUAUAGUUCUGUUUCUUUUAUAUCGUACAAAUAUAAGAUAUAUGUCCCUCCUUAGUGUCCCUCCUUAGAUUCAUUAAACAUGUAAAUGUUGUAAUAUAAACCACAGUUCAGUAUAUAAUGAUGUGCCCUUGAUGUUUCACUUCUCGACUCGAUCAAGUCUUAAUUAAGGUUUCAUAAAAACCUGCCGUGUAAGCUGACGCUUGAAGUAAUUUGAUGGAGUCUCAGCCUUCCCCCCACCACCGUCUGACACGGACGUAGACUGUCCCGAUCAGCCACCAGACAGCGAAUGAUCCAGCACAGACAGGCUGACCCGACUUCGCUUGUAUCAAGUUACAGGUGGAACUCAUUUGCCUCCGUGCGAGGAACUGUAGACCAGCAGGUUGUACCGGAGGUACUGGGGACGGGUGUGGGGCUCGACGCCACUUCACCGGACACUACGAGCCAAAUACGCCAGUACACAGUUCAUGUUUUGUUUUCUUUUCAAGUGUGGGGGCGUGUGUGUGAAUCAUACAUGUAAAAAAUAAGAAUCUGUGGAAACGAUAUACAGUCAGGCAAAGAAAAAACACAUCAAACCAAGGUGAUUUUUACAGGGAGGUUGCCGUGAUCAAGCUCUUCAAGGAGCAACGGUGACGCGUCUGUACUCUGGUUUUAAAGUCUGUGCUGUGAGCAAGAAUAAGUGUAAUUCUGUGGAAUUGACACUGGGAAAAGAAAAUUAUUCCCCAAAUGAGUAGAUCAAGGUUGUAUAGAGUCAGAUUAAUAGUCCCAGAUUAAUAUUCCCUCUCCUGAUGUCAUCAUCCUGUAAACUGACCUUUUAGUGGAGCAGCGAUGCGUCCAACGUGCAAUCCUGAGAUGGAAGGUAUGGAAAAUGUUCAUAUUGUCACAAAAGGUUUGCUUGUUGUAGUUGUUGAGAUGAAAAGUAAGAAAAUUACAUAUAAAUGUGUGUUUCUACUUUCUUCUUAUUUUUUUUAAAUAUAUUUGAUGGAUGGUGUUGUUGGGGUGGGUUUA